AUGGCGGCCAACGCGAACGCACGAGGUUGGCCGAGAAGUCGGGCGGCUAGUAAUGCUGGCAAAUACAUGACGGGGCCGCAGGGAAUACCAGGGGAACGGACCGUACGACUGUAAGAUUUUAAAUAGGUCAUAUACUUGAUUUUUGUGUUUGUUAUUUUUAUAACACACCUAUUAUUGACAGCAACAACAACUUCAAAUUAUGUAGUCGUGUUUCCAUGCCAGCAAGCAGAGCGUACCUUACCUACCGAAAAUAAGAAAGAUUAAUGGAGGGAACAAGGCCUCUCCGUUCUAAAAGCUAAUAAGAUUAACACUGAAGAUGAUCGAUAGUCGGGGUGACCGAGCAGUAUAUUUAUCAUAUACAGUGCAGCUGAUUUGAUUCUUUUUAAAAAUAUGUCAGAUACGUGCACCGUACCGACCUCUGUCAGCGUCAGUUUCACAGCGGGUAAUUAGACUUAAAGUUUGAAAGAUUAUAUAUAGUUUAUGUUCCUUUCGUUAGCUAUAUGUCUGUUACAUCUAUGUAUUAAUUUUUUCAGGUAUCCAUUGACGAAUUACACGUUCGGAACCAAAGAAGCGUUGUAUGAAAAGGACAGGUAAUAAAUAUGAUCUAGUCUGGAGGUUCAAAUUUUCCUUGGUCUAAACAUUUUCUAACCAGUUUGAUUUGAGUUUUCUUUUGUGUUAGAUUAUCAUGAUAAAUGCAAAUAAGUAAAAAAAAGAGUCUUAAAACCAUCUGGUUGAAAAAUUUUAAACCCUAACUGAAAUUAAACUAUAACAUCAGUGCACCCCACAAGGAACUAGCACAUUAUGUAGACCUGCAAACUUUUUCAGAGGUUAAUACAUGAUAUUUUCCCAAACUUGAUUUUAAUUUUAAAUUUUGCAGCUCUGUUCAAGCCAGAUUUACUCGAAUGAGGUAAGAAAAAAUCAGUCUACAUAUUCAGGGUUACAAUACAAUAAUAGCUAGUGUAAUUGUGUACUUUUUCAAUACCAAGUAUUAUAUUUAUGGCUUCAUUUUCUUUUAAUAUCAAGGGAGGAAUAUGAAAAAUUUGGAAUGAGGAAGACUGUUGAAGGUGUACUGAUUGUUCAUGAACAUGGAUUGCCACAUGUGCUUCUUUUACAGUUAGGAACAACAUUCUUCAAAUUGUAAGUCACCUACUACUUUCUUGUUUAAUGGUGGUGGUUUAUAUGGCAAGCACAAAAUGCGGUUACACUUUUUUUAACUGAAAGUACAAUUGAAAUGAUGUAAAAUGUGUUAAAUAGUCUACUUUUGAAUAAAUAAACUGUAAUUGAUAUUUUAUCAGACCUGGAGGGGAACUUGUUGCUGGGGAAGAUGAAAUUGAUGGACUUAAAAGAUCAAUGACUGAGGUAAAAAAGAAUUAUUUUAGACUGAUUACUAUUAAUAAUUGUUUGUGACUGCAAUGUUUUUGGUUAAAAAAUUGCAGUGAAAUGCCAUUUCAUUGCAAAAAUACACAAAAAAUUUUGCACCAUUUGCAAAGAGAAGCAGGUCUUUGAACAGCGUUCAAACUUGCUCUCAUUAGUAACAAAGCCUACCGGAUUCAUGGUAAGGGGCAAGGUGAGUGGCAAGACAUCUUUAAGGAAUUUGCUAAAACACCUGCAGACCCCUUGCAUACUCAUGUUGCUUCAAGGUCUGCUUCUCUGUGCUGUUUUUAUUUUCUAUUUUUUUGGCAAUUUCUUGUACUAUGUUUCAAGCCACAUAAUUUUAUAAUUAAUGUUUGAUGUUACCAUCAAUUUACCAGAAUUUUAAUGCAGUAAAAGAUUUCUUUUACAGUGUAUAUCUUAAUGUUUUCCUGUUCUUCAGAUCUUAGGCCGCCCUGAACAAGGAAUCGAGGUAGACUGGGUUGUGGAAGACACCUUAGGAAACUGGUGGAGACCAAACUUUGAAGCACCUCAGGUAAUUCACCCAAUGUAGGAGAAUCACCGCUCACCUUUCUUCGUAAAUUAAUAAUCUUCAUUUGAUUUGGUACACAUGCGCAAUAAUACUCUUUUUUCCCAAAUUGAGGAGUCUUUUGACAUGUCACUCCCUCUCUAUCUACAUGUAGUUCAGUAUUUCUGGAAAGGAAUAUUUGAUGGUAUUGUACUCAAGUGAUAAUCUUAAAUGUUAAUUUUUUUUUCUCUGCAGUAUCCAUAUAUUCCUGCUCAUAUAACAAAGCCAAAAGAACAAAGAAAACUCUUUCUAGUUCAACUUGGAGAAAAAGGUAGACUUGAAUUGAAUUAGUUUUCACAAAAGUGCAAACUCUCCAUACGAAUCUAAGUGGAAGGUUCACAGCAGUCAUAGGAAAUCUGGAAAAUCAAAUUGUUUUCUUUCUCAUUAAAGGUACUUUAAAUCAAUUCAAAGCCCUUCAAUUUUUUUUUCAGCUAACUUUGCUGUGCCUCGUAACUACAAGUUAGUGGCAGCACCAUUGUUUGAACUGUAUGAUAACUCUCCUGGUUAUGGUCCAGUCAUAGCCAGUCUUCCGCAAGCGCUUAGUAGGUGAGUGGCCUGAAGUGUCAUGUGACUUUUUACCUGUAUUUGGUUUAAGACAACUAUUAACUAUGAAUUGGUGGAAGCAAAAUUAAUAACAGAGGUGAAAAAUCACCAGCAGGAGAAAUACAUUUUAUUGUAAGGAGUUCUGUUAGUCCUCAGCCUCAUCCUUAGCAAGACGGGCUGUAGAACCAGCCCUUAGUGUUUAUAAUUCUGAGAAAUUGUCAACUUGUAACCUCUCCCC